AUGUUCGAAGAAUUUCCCAAAUGGUAUGAAAUAUCUAUGCAUGUUUCAUCUUCCAUCACAAUUCCAAUCAAUAUUUUUGGUCUAAUAAUGAUCGCAUUUUUCUCCAAAGAGCAAAUGAAAAAUUAUCGAUAUUAUUUACUGUUUCAUCAAAUUUGCUCAAUGUUAUCUGAUAUAAUUAUAAAUACUGGAACUGUUCCAGUGAUUUAUUCACCUCAUGCAAUUGGUUCACCACACGGUUGGAUGACUGAAAUUUUCCGAUCAUUGUUAGGGAUGGAACAUAGUACUUGGUUACAAACGGUGAGGUUUUGGGGAAGAUUGUUUUUCGGGCCAACUUCAGUAUAAUGAUUCCAGGAAAUUGUAUUCCAAAGUUCUCUAACCACCGCGAUGAGCGUCGAACUUCUAUUCUUUUAUAGAUAUCAGGUUAUCCUUCCCCAAUCCCAUCCUUGGAAGCUCUCAAAACUUUCAAAACUUCUAACAAUCUCCAUCUAUCAUCUCGCUUGGAUGUUUUUGAUAUCCAUAUCUUUUCAUAAUAUCAUGCAAGAUGAUCAAGAAAUUGUCAAAGACCAAUUUCGAAGAGAUCAUCCAGAUCUCGCAUUUUUCGUCGAAGACAAAAAUUCUCUAAUCGUCGUAACUGAGGUGAAUCUCAAUGCUCUCAUAUUUCUAAUUGUUUCCUUCACCCGAAUCGGAAGCGGUCUUAUAAUCUGCUGUAUUUUAAUCUUACUAUCCAGAUAUUCGUUGGAUAACAUGAUGAUAUCUGCAAGGACUCGAAAUAUGCAUCUCAAUCUGAUUCGGAUUCUAUGUUAUCAAGCUUCAAUUCCCCUUGCCGCCUUUUAUAUUCCAAUUUUGUGCAUUUUAACUCCACAACUUUUCAAGAUUCAUCACACUUUUAAUCUCGCAUUGGUUUCUUUUGUUAUCGUUUCGUUUCACACAUUUUUCGGAACUUUUAGUUUAUUAUACUUCAAUAGACCGUGGAAUGUGUCGAAGAAACCUCCAAGAUCUGGUCAAUCAGUAACUGUAUUCAGCAGUGAGAAGCAAACACGUUAG